CUCUCUCUCUCUCUCUCUCUCUCUCUCUCCUUCUUCUUCUUUUUUUAAUUUAAUUUUAUUUUUUUUAUUUGAGAUUCAGUAAAAAAGAGCAACGCAAAAUUCUAGUACACUUCAAAAGAAAACAUACAUGCUUUUUUAUGCUAUUUUUUAUUUAUAAUUAAUAUCAAAGAUGUGAAUUGUAAGAAUUGAGGCUCUCUCAAAUCUUCACGAGAAGGACGUAACUAGAUUUCACAUGGUUGGUUGAAAAAGUUUAAAGCUUUAUCUUUACACAAAAUUCAGAAAGCAUGUAUCCAAACGUACAGCAUAUUUUGUUAAUAAAACUAGUAAUUAUUUUGUGAUUGAUGAUAAAAAUAUGGUAGUGGAUACUAAAUACUUUUCAAACAUAGUUAUUUUUGUGAAUUGCUAAUAUGUUACUAUGUGGAUUAUUGUUUUAGAUGAACUCAAAAGAUAUGAAUACGCUCAGGAUUCUCAGUACAACUUAACUCUUCCAAGUGAAUGAAACCAUCUUCUCCGCCAUUGAAGAUCGAAACACCAACGAUAUGGAAGCCAAAUCUGAUUCUUCCUCUUCUUUCCCUCCAGGUAUUAUAAAGAAAUCACUACUCGUCAUCUUCGUUAACGGUUUUCUGGCAUGGGCUUAUCAAGCAGCUUGUCCACCCCCACCCAAAAAAAUCGGAUCUCCAGACGGACCUCCCAUUACAAACCCUAGAAUCAAGCUUCGUGACGGAAGACAUUUGUCCUACAGAGAAUAUGGUGUGCCCAAAGAGGUCGCCAAAUACAAGAUAAUUUAUGUCCAUGGCUUCGACUCUAACAAGCAUUUUGCUGUUAUUGCCACGUCAGCCUCCUCGACCCUAAUUGAAGAAUUGGGGAUACAUAUUGUUUCAUAUGAUCGACCCGGUUAUGGAGAGAGUGAUCCAAACCCUAACCAAACUUUAAAGAGUUCGGCUUUGGAUAUCGAGGAGCUUGCUGAUCAAUUAGGACUUGGAUCAAAAUUCUAUGUUGUUGGUUUUUCAAUGGGUGGUCAACUCACUUGGACUUGUCUGAAUUACAUUCCACACAGGCUAGCAGGAGCGACUCUAAUUGCUCCAGUAAUUAAUUACUGGUGGCCACGUUUGCCAUUGAAGUUAUCACAAGAAGCGUAUUCGAAGCAGUUUGUGGAAGAUCAAUGGAGCCUACGUGUUGCUCAUUACCUUCCAUGGCUGACAUACUGGUGGAACACUCAGAGAUUCUUUCCUUCUUCCACUCUCAUUGCUAAUAGCCCUGAUAUUCUUUCUCCUCAAGACAUACAACUUUUGCCCAAAUUUACAGCUGGAAGGGCACCAUUACUUGAGGGACAAAUAAGACAGCAAGGAGAAUACGAGUCCCUCCACCGUGACUUGAAUAUUGGAUUCGGUACCUGGGAAUUCGACCCGUUGGAUAUUGAGAACCCGUUUCCAAACAAUGAAGGAUCCGUUGAUAUUUGGAUGGGUGAUGAUGAUAAAAUUGUGCCUGUGACACUGCAACGUUAUAUCGCUAAACAGCUUCCAUGGAUAAACUAUCACGAGCUCAAGGGUGCUGGUCACUUGUUCCCUUAUGCUGAUGGGAUCAGCGAUGCUAUCCUAAAAGCGCUUCUCCUUGCUGAUAAGAAGAAGUAUCUGAAAGGAGGAGGCGACCGUCAAUGUUCAAAUGUUGUCCAAAGCUUAGUGUUUACCACAGCUCAUAAAGAGUUGGAAGAGGAGUUCAUAAAUGAAAUAAAUAAAGCUGGUGAUGGUAGAGAGAAGCAACUACAUAGAGAAAAAUCAAUGGAGAAGAAGGAAAUCUAG